UCCCGGGAGGAGCCGCCGGCUCUGGGCUCUCCAAAUUCUGAGCUCUCAUCAUGGCGGCGGCGGCGGCCGCGGCGGCCGUCGGGGGGCCGCAGCCGCCCCAACCCGAGCUGCCCGCGCCUGGGCUGGCCCUGGACAAGGCGGCCACUGCGGCGCACCUGAAGGCGGCCCUCAGCCGGCCGGACAACAGGGCAGGUGCUGAGGAGCUACAGGCGCUGCUGGAGCGGGUGCUGAGCGCCGAGCGGCCGCUGACCGCGGCUGCGGACGGCGAGGAGGCGGCGGUAGCCGGCGGCGGGGGCGGUCCGGGGGCGGCCGAGGAGGAGGCCCUGGAGUGGUGUAAGUGCCUUCUGGCGGGCGGCGGAGGCUACGACGAGUUCUGCGCGGCGGUGCGGGCCUACGACCCCGCGGCGCUCUGCGGCCUGGUCUGGACAGCCAACUUCGUGGCCUACCGCUGCCGGACGUGCGGCAUCUCCCCCUGCAUGUCGCUGUGCGCGGAGUGCUUCCACCAGGGCGACCACACCGGACACGACUUCAAUAUGUUCCGCAGCCAGGCUGGGGGUGCCUGUGACUGCGGGGACAGCAACGUGAUGCGGGAGAGUGGGUUUUGCAAAAGACAUCAAAUUAAAUCAAGUUCAAAUAUUCCCUGUGUCCCCAAAGACUUACUGAUGAUGUCUGAAUUUGUUCUUCCAAGAUUUAUUUUUUGUCUUAUUCAGUACUUAAGAGAAGGCUAUAAUGAACCAGCAGCUGAUGUACCAUCAGAAAAAGACCUUAACAAAGUCCUUCAGCUUUUGGAACCUCAAAUUUCCUUUUUAGAAGAUCUAACUAAAAUGGGAGGAGCAAUGCGGUCUGUUCUUACUCAGGUUUUGACAAACCAACAAAACUACAAAGAUCUGACUUCUGGUCUUGGAGAAAAUGCUUGUGCAAAGAAAAGUCAUGAAAAGUACCUUAUAGCUUUGAAGAGCUCUGGACUUACAUAUCCUGAGGACAAACUUGUGUAUGGUAUACAGGAGCCAUCAGCUGGCACUAGCACUCUGGCAGCUCAAGGUUUUGCAGGUGCAACAGGAACAUUGGGACAGCUAGAUUCCUCAGAUGAGGAGGAUCAGGAUGGGAGUCAAGGACUGGGCAAGAGAAAGAGGGUCAAACUAAGCAGUAGCACCAAAGAUCAAUCUAUAAUGGAUGUUUUGAAACAUAAAAGUUUUCUAGAAGAACUAUUGUUUUGGACUAUAAAGUAUGAAUUCCCUCAGAAGAUGGUAACUUUCUUACUCAACAUGCUUCCAGAUCAAGAGUAUAAGGUUGCUUUUACAAAAACUUUUGUUCAGCAUUAUGCUUUCAUUAUGAAAACACUGAAGAAAAGUCACGAAUCAGACACAAUGUCUAACAGAAUUGUGCAUAUUAGUGUUCAGUUGUUCAGCAAUGAAGAGCUAGCCAGACAGGUAACAGAAGAAUGUCAGCUGCUGGAUAUUAUGGUCACUGUGCUAUUAUACAUGAUGGAAAGUUGCCUUAUUAAAAGUGAGCUACAAGAUGAAGAAAAUAGUUUACAUGUGGUAGUGAACUGUGGAGAAGCAUUACUGAAGAAUAACACUUACUGGCCUCUUGUCAGUGAUUUUAUUAAUAUCCUUUCUCAUCAAAGUGUGGCUAAGAGAUUUUUGGAGGACCACGGUUUGUUAGUUACGUGGAUGAACUUUGUAUCUUUCUUUCAAGGUAUGAACUUAAACAAGCGAGAACUAAAUGAGCAUGUGGAAUUUGAGUCUCAGACCUACUAUGCUGCCUUUGCUGCUGAACUUGAGGCCUGUGCACAGCCAAUGUGGGGGCUCUUAUCCCACUGUAAAGUUAGGGAAACUCAAGAAUACACCCGAAACGUUGUUAGAUAUUGCCUUGAAGCUCUUCAAGACUGGUUUGAUGCUAUUAACUUCGUAGAUGAGCCAGCACCUAACCAAGUCACUUUUCAUCUGCCCCUUCAUCGUUACUAUGCUAUGUUUUUGAGUAAGGCUGUGAAAUGUCAAGAACUAGAUUUGGAUUCUGUUUUACCUGAUCAGGAAAUGUUAAUGAAACUAAUGAUUCACCCACUCCAAAUUCAAGCAAGUCUUGCUGAAAUCCACAGCAAUAUGUGGGUAAGAAAUGGUCUACAAAUCAAAGGACAAGCUAUGACCUAUGUCCAGUCUCAUUUCUGUAAUUCCAUGAUUGACCCUGACAUUUACUUACUACAGGUUUGUGCUUCUAGACUUGACCCGGAUUAUUUUAUUUCAUCUGUCUUUGAAAGAUUUAAGGUAGUGGAUUUGUUGACAAUGGCGUCACAACAUCAAAACACAGUACUUGAUGCAGAGCAUGAGAGAUCGAUGUUAGAAGGCGCUCUUACAUUUCUUGUGAUUCUUUUAAGUCUUCGUUUACAUUUAGGGAUGUCUGAUGAUGAGAUUCUCAGAGCAGAGAUGGUAGCCCAGUUGUGUAUGAAUGACAGGACACAUAGUUCAUUGCUGGACCUCAUUCCAGAAAAUCCAAAUCCCAAAAGUGGCAUUAUUCCAGGCAGUUAUAGCUUUGAAUCAGUUUUAUCAGCUGUAGCUGAUUUUAAGGCUCCUGUUUUUGAACCUGGAGGUUCUAUGCAGCAAGGCAUGUAUACUCCUAAAGCUGAAGUCUGGGAUCAGGAAUUUGACCCUGUCAUGGUCAUUCUUCGAACAGUGUACCGAAGAGACGUGCAGUCUGCAAUGGACAGAUACACAGCAUUUUUAAAACAGAGUGGAAAAUUCCCUGGAAAUCCUUGGCCUCCCUAUAAGAAAAGGACGCCACUCCAUCCCAGCUAUAAAGGUCUCAUGAGACUUUUGCACUGUAAAACUUUACACAUUGUGCUAUUCACUCUGCUUUACAAGAUUUUGAUGGAUCAUCAAAAUCUGUCAGAACACGUACUCUGCAUGGUUUUGUAUCUGAUUGAAUUAGGACUUGAAAAUUCAGCUGAAGAGGAAUCAGAUGAAGAGGCGUCAGUGUGUGGACCAGAACGUUGUCACGACAGUUGGUUUCCUGGCAGUAACUUAGUGUCAAACAUGCGACACUUUAUAAACUAUGUUAGGGUGAGAGUUCCAGAGACUGCUCCGGAAGUGAAGAGAGACUCACUUGCAAGUACCAGCUCUGACAGCUUGAGUUCUUUACAAAGUUCACGAAGGCCAAAAGUUCUUCAAAGAGAGAAUUCUGGUACAGCUCAAGUUUUCAGCUUAGUAGCAGAGCGUAGAAAGAAGUUUCAAGAGAUCAUCAAUCGCAGUAGCAGUGAAGCAAAUCAGGUGGUUCGUCCCAAAACUUCAAGUAAAUGGUCUGCUCCUGGUUCAGCUCCACAGUUAACUACAGCCAUUUUGGAAAUUAAAGAAAGCAUAUUGUCUUUGUUAAUUAAACUUCAUCACAAACUCUCAGGGAAACAAAACUCCUACUAUCCUCCUUGGCUUGAUGACAUAGAAAUUUUAAUCCAACCAGAAAUUCCUAAAUACAAUCAUGGAGAUGGUAUAACUGCAGUAGAAAGAAUUUUAUUAAAAGCUGCAUUGCAAAGCAGAAUGAACAAACGCAUCAUUGAAGAGAUAUGUAGAAAAGUGACCCCUCCUGUACCACCCAAAAAAAUCACUGCAGCAGAGAAGAAAACAUUGGACAAAGAGGAAAGGCGACAAAAGGCUAGAGAGAGGCAGCAGAAAUUGCUUGCAGAGUUUGCUUCACGACAGAAAAGCUUCAUGGAAACUGCUAUGGAUGUUGAUUCUCCUGAGAAUGAUAUUCCUAUGGAGAUCACAACAGCAGAACCACAAGUUUCUGAAGCAGUAUAUGAUUGUGUUAUUUGUGGACAGAGUGGCCCCUCCUCUGAAGACCGACCUACAGGAUUGGUUGUACUGUUACAAGCAUCCUCAGUUUUGGGGCAGUGCCGUGACAACAUUGAGCCAAAAAAAUUGCCUAUCACUGAAGAGGAGCAGAUUUACCCUUGGGAUACAUGUGCAGCAGUUCAUGAUGUGAGACUUUCAUUAUUACAGCGUUAUUUUAAGGAUAGUUCUUGUCUCUUGGCAGUAUCAAUUGGCUGGGAAGGAGGUGUUUAUGUACAAACCUGUGGCCACACAUUACAUAUAGAUUGUCAUAAAUCUUACAUGGAAUCAUUACGGAAUGACCAGGUUCUUCAGGGCUUCUCAGUGGACAAAGGAGAAUUCACGUGUCCUCUCUGUAGGCAGUUUGCUAACAGUGUUCUUCCUUGUUAUCCUGGGAGCAAUGUGGAAAGUAACCUUUGGCAACGUCCUAGUAACAAAAGCAUACAAGAUCUCAUAAAGGAAGUGGAAGAGCUGCAGGGACGGCCGGGAGCUUUCCCAGUAAGCAUCAGUUCAGAGACCAACUUAAGUAAAGAAAUGGAAUCUGUAAUGAAAGAUAUCAAAAAUACCACUCAGAAAAAAUAUAGAGACUAUAGCAAGACCCCAGGUUCACCAGACAAUGAUUUUCUCUUUAUGUAUUCUGUUGCUAGAACCAAUUUGGAACUUGAAUUAAUUCAUCGGGGAGGCAAUUUGUGUUCAGGUGGUGCAAGCACAGCUGGCAAAAGGUCUUGCUUAAAUCAACUGUUCCAUGUAUUAGCCUUGCACAUGCGGCUUUAUAGCAUUGAUUCUGAGUAUAAUCCCUGGAGAAAGCUUACGCAAUUAGUAGAAGAGGUGAAUUCGCAGCAGGGAAAUGAAGAACAACAGCCUGAGGUUCCAAUUCUUUAUCAUGAUGUUACAUCCCUUUUGCUCAUCCAGAUCUUAAUGAUGCCGCAACCCUUACGAAAAGACCAUUUCACCUGCAUUGUGAAGGUGCUUUUUACCCUACUAUACACACAAGCUCUUGUGGCACUUUCAGUUAAAUGCAAUGAGGAAGAUAGGUCAGCCUGGAAACACACGGGAGCUCUCAAAAAGAAUACAUGUGAUGCAGAGAAGUCUCAUGAAGUGUUACUGAGCUUUGUGAUAAGUGAACUAUCUAAAGGAAAGUUAUACCAUGAAGAAGGAACUCAGGAAUGUGCAAUGGUUAGCCCUAUUGCUUGGUCUCCUGAAUCCAUGGAAAAAUACUUACAGGACUUCUGCUUACCUUUCCUCAGAAUCACCAGCCUUCUUCAGCACCACCUUUUUGGGGAAGAUUUACCUAGCUGCCAGGGAAUUUGAUACGGGAAUUAAGACAUUUAUCACAUAUAUAGUCUUCGAAGCCUGCAGUAUAUCAGAAUUAAGCAGUUGAUCGUUCUUUCUCUCUUACGUAAUUGACCAUUGCAUUAAAUAGUUUUUUGGGUUUUUUUUUAAGUGAUUCAAGAUAAACUCUGCACAUUUAUCCUCAAAACAUUUAAAGUUUAUGGAUAUUGACUAAAUUAAAAAUGUUCAUCCAUUGGAUAUUCUCUUUCAUAGUUAUUUAUUUUUAAAUGUCAACUUAAAAGUGUUUCCUUUGGCAUACAGUAGUUCCCCCUUACCUGCAGGGGAUAUGUUCUAAGACCCCCCAGUGGAUGCCUGAAACCAGUGCUUGUACCGAACCUGAUGUAUACUAGGUUUUUUUUUUUUCUAUACGUGGAUACCUAUGAUAAAGUUUAAUUUAUAAAUUAGGCACAGUAAAAGAUUAACAGUAAUGGAACAUUUAUAACAAUAUACUAUAAUAAAAGUUAUGUGAAUAUGGUCUCUCUCAAAAUAUCUUACUGUAUUGUACUCACCCUUCUUGUGGUGAUGUGAGAUGAUAAAAUGCCUACGUGAUGAGAUGAAAUGAAUGAUGUGUAGGCAUUGUGAUGUAGAGUUAGACGACUUUUGACCUUCUGACCAUUUGUCAGAGGAUGGAUCAUCUGUUUCUAAACUACAGUUGACACCAGUAACUGAAACCACAGAAGGCGAAACUGUCGUAAGUGGGGGGACUACUGUUGAGCAUCCUCAAGCAUGGAGAAGAUUAAUAGAAAAAAAAAAUCUACUACUUCCUUCAUUAACUUUUCUUCUUUCAUAUUUAAAGGCCAUAGGCUGUGAUUCUUUGUGUGCUUAUUACCUGUGGUUUAUUCUGUCAUUUGUUUUCAUUGGAAGGUAUUUUUCUCCCAUAAAUUGGAAAUGAUCUGGAAGCAGAAGCUCUUGAACUGGGCAUUGAAAGCUGGCUGGGGGUUGGCUGUGAUGCUUGUAGUAGUGCACCAGGCAUAUUAGAACAGGGAAGAAAUGUCAUCAAUUAGGAGGCACAAAAAGGAACAGUGCUACAUAGUGUUAGAAAUAGAUUAAGGUGAAGUUGUAGUGGAUCUUGAAUUCCACAUGAAGGAAUUUGGACCACUGAAAGAUUUGGAACAAAAAUGACAUGAUUCAAAUUUUAUUUUAGGAUAAAAUCUCACUCUAAUAUAAGACAGAUUUGGGGGUGUGAGGAAUGGAGACUGGGAACAGAAAAGCUAGUUGGAGAGAAUAGGGAGAAAUUAGAAAUUUCAGAGAUGGAAUACUCAGGAUUUUAGUUGAACAUGUGGGGGUCAAGGGAGAAGAGUCAUACUGUACUUGGGUUUUGGGCCUGGGGGACUUGAACCUUUCUGGUACAGUUAAUAGGGGGAAGAAA